AUGUUGGAUAUAGAAGAGAGAAACCAGACAAGCAUCAGAGAAUUUAUCCUUCUGGGCUUAGGGAAUUUUCCUCAACUGCAACUUUUCCUUUCCUGGUUCUUCUUGGUGAUUUAUCUGAUGACAAUAACUGGGAACCUCCUCAUCUUUCUGCUUGUUCACCUUCACACCCCAAUGUACUUCUUCCUGGCAAAAUUGUCUUGCCUGGACACGUGCUAUAGCUCUAUCUUCUUGCCAAAAAUGUUGGCCAACUUGCUAACUGAUAAAAGAAGCAUCAGUGUAAGAGAAUGCCUAGCCCAAUAUCAUAUCUUCUGCAUUUGUGCAGCUCUAGAAACCUAUCUUUUGGCUGUCAUGUCUUAUGAUCGCUAUUCAGCAAUUUGUAGACCUUUGGUCUAUGCUUCUGUUAUGAACAGGAAAUUCUGUUUCCAGCUUAUGGCUGGGAUAUGGAUAAAUAGUUUCAUAUUUAAUGUUGUUCUGAUCUCUUUUGUGGCUCAGUUAUCCUUCUGUGGGCCUAAUGUCAUAGACCAUUAUUUUUGUGACUUGCGCCCACUGAUGAAAUUAUCCUGUAGUGACACAAGUCUCUUUGAACUCUUUGCUUUUUGUAUGACCAUCAUUUUCACAAUUCCUCCAUUUCUGUUGACCCUCAUUUCUUACAUCUGCAUCAUUUGUGCCAUCCUCAAAAUCCAAUCCACUACUGGAAGACAAAAAGCCUUUUCAACAUGCUCCUCUCAUCUCAUGGUCGUUUGCCUCUAUUAUGGCACAUUAAUCAUUGUCUAUGCAUUGCCAGACACUCCCUCCCUGAGACCUCUCAAUAAAAUCUUCUCCAUUUUCUAUACGGUCAUGACUCCUUUGGUCAACCCCUUUAUCUACACUUUAAGAAACAAAGAAAUUCACAAAGCACUAAGACGACUUUGUGAUAAAAUGGUUUAUGGCAUGUGUCACCUGAAACUGUUAACUUCUUUUCAGUUUACUAAGUAG